UCCGUAGUUGUAGUUGCUGCAGUUAAACGUCCGGACACGGUUUGAAGAUGACAGAAGAAAGCGACCACAAUAACUCCACAUUUACGGUUGAUUAUGUUAAAAAUCUCGUCAAAAAGAAAGAUGAAAUUGAAGAACAGAUUAAAGCAUACUACGACGUUCUGGAAGAUCAAAAAGGCGUUGGGAUGGACGGUCCGCUCGUUGACGUAGAAGGGUACCCGCGAGCAGACGUGGAUGUGUUCCAGGUCCGCACGGCGAGACACAACAUCUCCUGCCUGCAGAACGACCACAAGGCCAUCAUGCUGGAGAUCGAGGAGGCGCUGCACCAGCUCCACGCCCGAGAGAAGGCCAAGAGGGCGUGGGACGAGGCCGAGGCGCGGGAGGAGGCCAUGGAGCAGGCCCGCAGCCCUCCUCAGCCCUUCGCCAGAGUGGACGCCAUCACCCCCGGCUCUCCAGCCAGCCUGGCCGGCUUGCAUGUUGGGGACGAGAUCGUUGAGUUUGGCAGUGUGAAUUCAGUGAACUUUCAGAACCUGCAGAACAUCGCCAUGGUUGUCCAGCACAGCGAAGGGAAACCCCUGAGCAUAACUGUGAUUCGCAGUGGGCAGACAGUGCACCUGGGCCUGACGCCACAGCGCUGGAGUGGAAGAGGCCUGCUGGGGUGUAACAUCGUGCCACUGCGAAAAUAACAACAUUGAAGCACCAGAACAGCUGCACCACUCGAGGAGCUUCAAGAAGCUGACUUGUCUAUAAGGGCUGCAAAUGGAGUUGCUAUAUUUUGUUGGUGUUUUCUGGUUUUUUUUUUCCCUGUGUAAGAAUUGGGAGCUGAAGGAGUUAUUGAAUUUCAUUACACUGGGUUAUUUAUUACUGUCACUCUGUUGAAACACAUUUUAUGCCUUUACAUUGCUCAAGCAUAUAGGCUUCCACGUGAUAAAGAAAAAAUUACAUUUGACGAACGGAAAGAAAUGCUCAGGAUCUGUCCCCAGUUGUGGAACUGUGUGGAACUGAAUUACAUGGGACACUUAAAUUAUGGCAGAUGGUAACAGGAUUGGGGAAUUGUCACGAGGAAAGCAGGAAUUUUUUUUGAUGUCAUAUGUUGAUGCUUCUUGGUUGGCAGAAAUGAUUUUCUUACUCAUAUAUCUCCAUUUUAACAACACUGAAGGAAAUCAUUUUCUAAUGACAUGACCACAAUAAACAGAUUUGUCCAAACUUG